CGUCACAGAUGACUAUAUAAGCAAGCGCCGGGUGUGGCGCAGCUAGUUUCGUGAAGGUCGGCAGUUCGGCUUCUGUCUUUCUGUGUGUGCAGUUACCAUCACCACUUGACAAUGCAGAUCUUCGUGAAGACCCUGACCGGCAAGACCAUCACCCUCGAGGUCGAGCCCAGUGACACCAUCGAGAACGUGAAGGCCAAGAUCCAAGACAAGGAGGGCAUCCCCCCUGACCAGCAGAGGUUGAUCUUCGCUGGGAAACAGCUGGAAGAUGGACGCACCCUCUCUGACUACAACAUCCAGAAAGAGUCCACCCUGCACCUGGUGCUCCGUCUCAGAGGUGGGAUGCAGAUCUUCGUGAAGACCCUGACCGGCAAGACCAUCACCCUCGAGGUCGAGCCCAGUGACACCAUCGAGAACGUGAAGGCCAAGAUCCAAGACAAGGAGGGCAUCCCCCCUGACCAGCAGAGGUUGAUCUUCGCUGGGAAACAGCUGGAAGAUGGUCGCACCCUCUCUGACUACAACAUCCAGAAAGAGUCCACCCUGCACCUGGUGCUCCGUCUCAGAGGUGGGAUGCAGAUCUUCGUGAAGACCCUGACCGGCAAGACCAUCACCCUCGAGGUCGAGCCCAGUGACACCAUCGAGAACGUGAAGGCCAAGAUCCAAGACAAGGAGGGCAUCCCCCCUGACCAGCAGAGGUUGAUCUUCGCUGGGAAACAGCUGGAAGAUGGUCGCACCCUCUCUGACUACAACAUCCAGAAAGAGUCCACCCUGCACCUGGUGCUCCGUCUCAGAGGUGGGAUGCAGAUCUUCGUGAAGACCCUGACCGGCAAGACCAUCACCCUCGAGGUCGAGCCCAGUGACACCAUCGAGAACGUCAAGGCCAAGAUCCAAGACAAGGAGGGGAUCCCCCCUGACCAGCAGAGGUUGAUCUUCGCUGGGAAACAGCUGGAAGAUGGUCGCACCCUCUCUGACUACAACAUCCAGAAAGAGUCCACCCUGCACCUGGUGCUCCGUCUCAGAGGUGGGAUGCAGAUCUUCGUGAAGACCCUGACCGGCAAGACCAUCACCCUCGAGGUCGAGCCCAGUGACACCAUCGAGAACGUGAAGGCCAAGAUCCAAGACAAGGAGGGCAUCCCCCCUGACCAGCAGAGGUUGAUCUUCGCUGGGAAACAGCUGGAAGAUGGUCGCACCCUCUCUGACUACAACAUCCAGAAAGAGUCCACCCUGCACCUGGUGCUCCGUCUCAGAGGUGGGAUGCAGAUCUUCGUGAAGACCCUGACCGGCAAGACCAUCACCCUCGAGGUCGAGCCCAGUGACACCAUCGAGAACGUCAAGGCCAAGAUCCAAGACAAGGAGGGGAUCCCCCCUGACCAGCAGAGGUUGAUCUUCGCUGGGAAACAGCUGGAAGAUGGUCGCACCCUCUCUGACUACAACAUCCAGAAAGAGUCCACCCUGCACCUGGUGCUCCGUCUCAGAGGUGGGAUGCAGAUCUUCGUGAAGACCCUGACCGGCAAGACCAUCACCCUCGAGGUCGAGCCCAGUGACACCAUCGAGAACGUGAAGGCCAAGAUCCAAGACAAGGAGGGCAUCCCCCCUGACCAGCAGAGGUUGAUCUUCGCUGGGAAACAGCUGGAAGAUGGUCGCACCCUCUCUGACUACAACAUCCAGAAAGAGUCCACCCUGCACCUGGUGCUCCGUCUCAGAGGUGGGAUGCAGAUCUUCGUGAAGACCCUGACCGGCAAGACCAUCACCCUCGAGGUCGAGCCCAGUGACACCAUCGAGAACGUGAAGGCCAAGAUCCAAGACAAGGAGGGCAUCCCCCCUGACCAGCAGAGGUUGAUCUUCGCUGGGAAACAGCUGGAAGAUGGUCGCACCCUCUCUGACUACAACAUCCAGAAAGAGUCCACCCUGCACCUGGUGCUCCGUCUCAGAGGUGGGAUGCAGAUCUUCGUGAAGACCCUGACUGGCAAGACCAUCACCCUCGAGGUCGAGCCCAGUGACACCAUUGAGAACGUCAAGGCCAAGAUCCAAGACAAGGAGGGGAUCCCCCCUGACCAGCAGAGGUUGAUCUUCGCUGGGAAACAGCUGGAAGAUGGACGCACCCUCUCUGACUACAACAUUCAGAAAGAGUCCACUCUGCACUUGGUCCUGCGCUUGAGGGGUGGUGUCUAAGUUUUUCCUUCCUUUUAAGCUUUCAACAAAUUUCAUUGCACUGUUCUUUCAAUAAAGUUGUUGCAUUCCAAA